GGAAUAUAAAUCAGUAUUAAACAAUGUUCGUUCUAAGAGGACUAAUAACCACGUGUUUCAAACUAUAUGACACACCGUGCUUCUGACCGCGUUAUGAGACGUUCUGACCUGUUCUUUUACCAAGCCUGAAGAUGGAGGGGACGAAUACGGCCGCGGAGGCCUAUCAAUACGUAGGACCAUUUAGAUUGGAGAAGACGCUGGGAAAAGGACAAACAGGUCUCGUUAAGCUCGGCGUGCACUGCGUGACUGGGAAGAAGGUGGCGAUAAAAAUCAUCAAUCGUGAAAAACUUAGUGAAUCUGUGCUUAUGAAGGUGGAACGAGAGAUUGCUAUUAUGAAACUGAUUGAGCAUCCGCAUGUACUUGGAUUAUCAGAUGUUUACGAGAAUAAAAAAUAUUUAUACCUCGUGUUGGAGCACGUCAGCGGUGGGGAACUCUUUGAUUAUUUAGUGAAGAAAGGCAGACUCACGCCCAAGGAAGCGAGGCGAUUCUUCCGGCAAAUUAUAUCCGCUUUAGAUUUUUGUCACAGUCAUUCGAUAUGCCAUCGCGAUCUCAAGCCAGAGAACUUAUUAUUAGACGAACGAAACAAUAUUAAAAUAGCAGAUUUCGGCAUGGCAUCGUUACAACCUGCCGGCUCCUUGCUGGAAACCUCCUGUGGAAGUCCACAUUACGCCUGUCCUGAAGUUAUAAGGGGAGAAAAAUAUGAUGGAAGGCGUGCUGAUGUGUGGUCCUGCGGUGUUAUUCUUUAUGCUCUCUUGGUGGGCGCCUUACCAUUUGAUGAUGAUAACUUACGACAAUUACUCGAAAAGGUGAAGCGAGGUGUCUUCCAUGUGCCGCAUUUUGUGCCUCCCGAUUGCCAGCAGUUACUCAGGGGAAUGAUAGAAGUGAAUCCUGAAAAGAGAAUGACUUUAGCGGACAUAACCCGUCAUCCAUGGGUGACGGCUGGUGGUCGAGGGGAGUUAGAACAGGAACUUCCAAUGAUGGAGGUCGUUCAGACUAGAGUACUUCCAUCAGCAGAAGCGAUCGACCCUGACGUCCUGCAAGCCAUAUGCAGUCUCGGCUGUUUUAAACAUAGAGAUAAACUAAUACAGGAUCUUCUAAGUCCGCACCACAACACGGAGAAGGUGAUCUACUUCCUGCUGCUGGAGCGCAAGCGGCGCCGGCCCGCGCGCGACGACGAGCCGCGCCCCGCCGCGCCCGCCGCGCCGCACGACCCGCCGCGCAAGCGCCUCGACACCUGCCGGGUAAACGGUCAAUCUGCGCAUUUUGGUCAAAUAAGCGAGGGAUCUCCGAUCACGCCGAGACGAUCACAGUUCAGGUCCGCGUCGGGGCGCCGCAGUGAGGGGCGAAGCUCUCCGCAGUUGUCGGCCAGCCCGCCGGGUCAUACUCCACAUCGUGUGUCUUCGCUGGGUGGCACUCCGGCUACCCCUGGAUCACCACUAGCGUCGCCGUCUGUUCGUGAACAUCACCAUCAGAGGGCGAACUCCACCGGACCAACUAUUAGUCUAAAUAUUAGUGGAGAGCCAGGUGAAGCAGUAAUAAUAAUUAAUGAAUCGCCAAUGAUGGGGUCGUCUGUGGCCGUCCGGCCUCACAGCCCCUCGCAAUCACAUAGAGUUCGAGAGAGGUCAUCACUCCCAGGGCCCGGGGCGACCCAGGCUCCAGUUCAGACGUCUCUAUUCCCUAAUUUGGGCACUAUACCAUCGUCGGCGGCGGGCGGGGCGGCGGCGGCGCCCUGGCGCGCCCGGCUGGCCACCAUCAAGAACUCGUUCCUGGGCUCGCCGAGGUUCCACCGGAGGAAAAUGCAGACAUCGUCCGAAGAAGUGCACCUCACGCCGGAAUCGUCCCCCGAGCUAACCAAACGCUCCUGGUUCGGCUCCCUGUUGCUGUCAGCCGAUAAAGAGGAAACAUUCACGGCUCUUGUCAAAGGGAAACCCUUGGCAACCGUCAAGGCGGAUUUGAUACACGCUUUUUUAAGUAUAGCGGAGCUCUCGCACAGCGUGCUCAGUCCGAUGUCGUUUCGAGUUGAAUACAAGCGCGGCUCGAACGCUCCGGCGAUGUUCCAGAGGCACGUGCGAUUUCAGGUCGAUAUAUCAACAAUAACCAAAGCUCCCGGUGAAAAUGGAAAGGAGUAUUUAUAUGCAAUAACAUUUACGUUGCUGUCUGGCAACAUCCGUCGCUUCCGGCGCGUGUGCGAGGUCGUGCAGGCGGCCGUGUGUCGCGCGCCCGGCGCCGCCAGACUCGCGCCGCCGCACCCGCCCGACCCGCGCCCCUCCCGCCGCGCGCUGGCGCCGCACGCCGCGGAGAUUCCGGACAGUCCCGAGACGCCGCACCAGCAGUCCGACCACGACAGCGACUCGUCGGUGUUCGACGCCGUCAAGAGUCCGACGAGCCACACUUCCAUCGACCAAUUAGAUCAGAACGGUAGCCACGCUUUAGGUUCCAGUUCGUCUGUAACCAGCGGUUCCAGUGGAUAUAAACAAGGCGUGCGCGGCCGGCGCGCCGCAGACCCAGCCUCCGCCUCCCUCGACCACGAGAUCAUGAGCUGCGGCAGGGACCUGCCCGGUACUCAUACGAAGCGGUCGUCGUCCGAGUGCCGGGACGCGACUUCCUCCCCCCGCCGAGGACUCGAAUCCCGGGAGAGUUCGAUCAAAGACGAGCUCCGGAGAAAUAACUCGCUCAGGGAGUCCCGCCGGGACUUCUCCCGGGAUCCCCCCACUACAUCCAUCGCGUGAGAUUUUGGAUUUUGAGGGGUUAAAGCGUCUUUGUAGUGUUGAAGGUUGUCCAAGGGUGCUGAAUCAGUGUAACUUACUUUAAAAAAUCUUCGAUAGAUUUUUUCUUAAUAGAGAUCG